CUUCAACAAACCACAACAGCAUCCUCAUCCACUUCACUCCACACUCAUCUUCACUCUCACUCACUCACACAAUGUUGCCACCUGCAGGAACCGUCGUGUUCAACACCGUCGGAAGGACCCAAUACGGUUUCGACGUUUUCACCGUUGACCUUCACCACCACCUCCCUCCACCCCACGCCGCCACAGACCACCGCCUCACUGAUGGUCUUUCAAUUAAUUUUAACGGCCAAUUCAUCAGUCCCCAAAACAACGUCAUCUUCGUCUCCGAACGAACUGGGUCGCCCCGUUUCUAUGUUACCCGACCCGAUAAUAAACCCCAACCUCUGUUAUUUCUCCCCAACGCCCUUUUCCUCGAUCGCCCCAUUUUUAGAAACGGAAAGCUCUACUUCGUUUCCACACACGACCAUCGCGAUGACGUUUUUACCAGCUGGAGCGCCGUUUACUCCUCCGCCGUCGAGGAGGGCGCCAUCACCACAGUCACGAGACUCACCCCGAUCGGCGAGGUGGACUACAGUCCCGCCUUAUCCCUCACUGGGAAAUUCCUUGCUGUCGCAUCUUACCGCUCUCGCCGGUGGCAGAACAACGAUUUCCGCGAACUCCAAACGGAGAUUGUGGUUUUCCCCGAGGCCGACCCUGGAAGACGAGUCACUGUGAGCGAACGUGGGAGCUGGCCAACGUGGUCGGGAGAUUCAACGAUUUUCUUCCACAAAAUCGCCGAAGAUGGAUGGUGGAGCAUCUUCCGCGUCAAUUUAACCGAUUCAGAUGAUAUAUCUGUAUCGGAAAACUCGAACUCGCCGAUUCGCGUGACGCCACCGGGGUUGCACUGUUUUACUCCGGCAGCUUUCCACGACGGGAAGCGAAUAGCAGUCGCAACUCGCCGGAAAGAGACCGGCUUCCGGCACGUCGAGAUUUUCGAUACCGAAUCGCAAAUGUUCCAACGAAUCACUGAAGAUAUAAAUCCUACUUUCCACCACUACAACCCGUUCGUCUCGUUGGACUCUCGCCAACUCGGGUACCACCGAUUCAGAGGCGAGUCAACUCAGGGCGAGUCAAGCUACCCGCACCUCGAUAAAGUUCUCUCUCCGGUUCACGAUUUACAGUUACUCAGACUUAACGGUUCGUUUCCUAGCUUCUCCCCUGACGGCGAUUUCAUCGCUUUCAAUCACAGCUUCGAUGUUACGGGCGGAGUUAAAAUCAUUAGAUCAAACGGUUCUAAUCGCUGGACUUUACUCAAAGGGCGAACGUGCUUCCACAACGCGUGGAGCCCAACGGAAAAGAACGUGAUAUACACCUCCAUAGGUCCAAUCUUCGAGUCCGUUUCCAAAACGGUUCAAAUCGGUCGUAUUGAAUUCGACCCGGCUCAUUUAACAAACGACCGUGAAGAGGUUCCGUUCAAACUAACGAUGCUCACGAGAGAGGAGACAGGGAACAACGCGUUUCCCUCGUGCUCCCCUGACGGAAAGAGUGUGGUGUUCCGGUCAGGGAGGUCGGGGAACAAGAAUUUGUACAUAGUUGAUGGCGUUGAGGGGGAGUUCAACGGCGGGUUACGGAGGUUGACGGAGGGGCCGUGGAUCGAUACGAUGCCGUGCUGGUCACCGAAAGGGGAUUGGAUAGCGUUCUCGUCGAACAGGCAUGAGCCGGAGAACAGUGAGGUGUUUGGGAUUUAUUUGGUGAGGCCGGAUGGGAGUGGGUUGCGGAGGGUGGAGGUGGCGAAAGGGGUGGAGGGUGAGAGGGAGAGGUUGAAUCACGUGUGCUUCAGUGGCGACGGAGAAUGGCUGGUGUUCACAGCGAACUUGGGUAGCGUGACGGCGGAGCCGAUUGGGUUGCCGAACCAGUUUCAGCCGUAUGGGGAUCUGUACGUGGUGAAAGUGGAUGGGAGUGGGUUGAGGAGGCUGACGUGUAAUGCCUAUGAGAAUGGAACGCCCACGUGGCACCAUGCGGAGUUAGUUCUGUGUGGUGAAAGUGACGGUGAUGAUGAAGAUUGGGAUAAAUUGAAGGGUGAGUUUGCAGAACCACUUUGGAUAACGUGUGACCUUUGAUUUCUUUGUGUUCACCACUGUUGUACUGUAUUGUAGUGCUAAUGUUUCAUGUCAUGGGAAAUAAAUUUGGAUUUCUUUUUUAA